AUGCUCAAACCGUUGCGGUCUUGUACCAGAUGCAGAAAGAACAAGGUAAAAUGUGAUUCUGCAAACACAAGACCCGGUCCUUGCACUGCCUGUUCGAAACGUGGUUUGGUGUGUACGCUGGAUUACGUCGUACCACCGCGUCGGUCUGAUGAACUUAAAAAGCUUCAUCACAGUGUCUCAUGUGUCAAGGGAAGUGUCGAACGGUUGUUAAAAAGUUCAGUUGUAUCCUCAACGUCCAUUGAUGAUCAAAACGAGGAAAAUGCUUAUAGAUUUGGUUCCUCCAGCAUUAUUGAGCUUGGUAACGAUGACGCUGGUUGUCAUCGCGCUUCUACAACUACUAACAGGAAUAAUCAAUCUCAGCACCAACACCAAAACGAGCAGGUCACGUGGGUGUCCAUCCAAAAGUCUCUCGCUGGCGUGGUACCCAGUAGGAUUAUAAAAGUAUCUGAUGAUUUCUUCAUCAGGUUGAUGCUAAAACAUAGCUCGCUCCUUAUCAAUAACUUUGAAAUAGAUUUAUUUGAUUUGGAAGAAGUCUUGUUCGAAUUUAUGUUCAUUGUCAAAUCUUUGCUUCCGAGUGAACGUCUGCCACCUUUUAAUAAUGCAAGUCAGUUACUUUCAUCUAAAGAGGGUUCCCUUUAUUUGAUUUCUAUCAUCAACUUUUACUUUGAUAUCCCAAAUUUUGAUUAUUUGGAGUUUUAUGAUCACGUUUGCUCGAACCAAUCCAAUUACCAGGUUAAUCAACUGUGGUUGUUCACAAACGUGAUUUUAUACGGACCAGCAUAUUUCAGCUCAAAAGUUACGCAGUUCUCUCUACCGUCCUCGUGUCUACCAUUACAAAUGCAGUGUACGGGAUCCUCGUUGUCCAAUGACUUAAGACCUGCAUUUGCUAAACUAUAUUAUUCUUCCGACUUCAAAUUCCAUUGUCCCAAAUUGUACACCUUGCAGGAAAAAUUCGCUAUUUUCAAGGGAGAUCCAUUGUUGCAAUUGAUUGAAUUCAAGUGUAAACCACAAAGGAUAGUUCAUGGAAACUCAACCUCGAUGUCGCUUUCUCAAUUAUCGAUCUGUCAAUUCAACGAUCAGAGAUGA